CAACUACACAUUAUAUGAUGUUUUUCCUUUUGAAUUUCAUUCUUUUUUGAAAAUGUACAGUAAAUUCAAAUCAGAUGAUUGCAACAUGCUCCAAGAAAUUUGAGACGGGGCAAUUUAAGACUAAUAACUAUUUGAUUAGUUGAAAUAACAAGGCAAUGUGAAACGGGAGAUGUUAAACAGGUGAGGCAAUCGUGUCAAAGUAUAUAAGGAGCCUCCAAAAACAGCCUAGUCCUUCAAGAGCAAGGAUCGUUCAAGACUUGUCAAUUUGUCAACAGAUGCUUCAGCAAAUAAUCCAGCACUUUGAGAACAAUGUUCCCCAAAUACAAAUUGGAAGAAUUUGGGGCAUUUCACCCUCUACAGUGCACAAUAUAGUUAAAAGAUUCAAGGAAUCUGGUCAAAUCUCUGUGUGUAAAGGGCAAGACGAAAACCACUUCUGAAUGCGCGUGAUCUCUGAUCCCUCAGAUGUCACUGUUUUAAAAAACAUAAUUCAUCUGUAAUGUAUAUCAUGAACAGGGGCUUGGGAUAACUUUAGUAAACCUUUGUUAGUCAACACCACUUGCUGCUGCAUCCACAGAUGCAAGUUCAGACUUUACUAUACAAAGGAGAAGCCAUACAUCAACACUGUCCAGAAGCGCUGCCGACUUCUCUGGACUCGGUCUCAUCUUAGAUGAAAGUAGAACAGUGGAACUGUGUUUUUUGGUCCGAUGAGUCCACAUUUCAAAAUGUUUUUAAAAAACACAACCGUCGUGUUCUCCGAGUCAAAGAGGAAAAGGGCCAUCCAAGCUGUUAUUAGCGUCAGGUCCAACAGCCAGUGUCUGUAUGGGCCAGGGGUGUGUCAGUGCCCAUGGCAUGGGUAACUCGCACAUCUGUGAGAACACCAUGAAUGCAGACAGAUAUGUAAACAUUUUGGAGCAACAUAUACUGCAAUCCAGCACCAUCUUUUCCAGGGACAUCCCUGCAUUUUCCAGCAGGACAAUUUCAAACCACAUACUGCCCGGAUUUCAAGUGCAUGGCUGUGUAAACAGAGAGUGUGGGUGCUGGACUGGCCUGCCUGCAGUCCUGACCUGUCUUGAAUUGAGAAUGUGUGACGCAUUUUGAAGUGCACAAUAUGGCAAUGAAGACUCCGUACAAUUGUGCAGCUGAAGACCUGCAGAAUGGAUGAAUGGGUGAAAAAUUACACUUUAUAAACUUAACAACUUUGUGUCUUCAGUGCCCAAAUGCUUAAUAGGUGUUAUUAGAAGAAAUGGUGAUGUUUCAUAGUGGUAAACACUCGACUGCCACAAUGAUUUUUGUGUGUUGCAAUCAUCUGAUUUGAAAUUACUGUACAUUAAAAAAAAAAAAAAAAAAAAAAUAGUAAAUAAUAAAAAAAAAAACAGGUUAAAACAUCAUAUAAUGUGUAGUUGUGGUGCUUUCAAUAUAGCAAAGGGUGAAUAUAAUUUACAAAUCACUCCUUUUUGUUUUUAAUUAGCAUUUUUCAUACUGUCCCAACUUUUUUGGAAUUGGGGUUGUAUAAACAGAUGUUUUUAUGAUCAAAGCACAUUUCAUACUGUUGUCAUACUGAUUCUUUUAUUCUCAGUAUUGCCUUAAUGUAUAUGCUUUACAUUCUACUUUUUUUUUUUUUUUUUUUUUUAAAGAAGUGAUCAACAAUGUUAAUGAUUACUUCAUGUGUAUUCUCACAGUAUAUUGAAUACUGUGAGAAUACACAAGAAUUUAAACUUGAACAUCUAACUUAAUUGAAACUGCCACAGAUGACAAAUUAGUGGUUGGCGCUGCCACUGAUGAAUGCAAAAAUAAAUUCAUAAAUAAAAUCACAAUGAAGUUAACACACUUUUGGGCAGUACAGCACUUUUAUUAUUAUUCAUUCAUUUGAGAAACUACAUAAAGCUUAUUUUAGAGAUUACACAUUUUUCCUUUUGUAAUGUGUCAUGUUUAGUAAAUGUUGACACCUCUACUAAGUAACUGUGUAUAAAUGAUGUUGCAACAUUGUUCUCUGUCAUAACUGUUUUGGUAAUAAAACGCCCUUACAUUUUAACCAGCAUGUGUAAUCUCACAUAAAGUGCGAGUGGAGUUUGAUCCUUUUGAUGAGAGACUCUACAAUUUUGAAAGCACCGAGCCUCUUUAAAUGAAGAGAUCAUACAAUAUUGUUUGAAUGGACCAUACAAAAGCAUAAAGUCUUUUAUAUCCUUGACUGACCCAUUAUACAGUGACACACUUGAGAAAAUCAUUGACCUUUGACUUCAUGGCUGUCACCGAGCAUCACAAUGUUUCUCCAUCCCCCACCACCGAGGGAACAUCACCACCGACAACUCUGGCCAUCACAGAUAUAGUGGUGCUUGUCAUCUACUUUCUCUUGGUCCUGGCCGUGGGCUUGUGGUCAAUGUGGAAGACCAAGAGGAGUACAGUGGAUGGAUAUUUCCUGGCAGGCAAAAACAUGACUUGGUGGCCGGUGGGCGCCUCUCUUUUUGCCAGUAAUGUGGGCAGUGGUCACUUCAUUGGGCUCGCAGGCUCUGGGGCGGCAGCUGGUAUCGGUGCAGCUGCUUAUGAAUGGAACGGCAUGCUGAUGGUGCUGCUUUUGGGCUGGUUAUUUUUGCCUAUCUACAUUGCAGCAAGGGUCACAACAAUGCCAGAGUAUUUACAGAAAAGAUUUGGCGGCAAAAGAAUACAGUUAUUCCUUUGUGUUUUGUAUCUGUUUAUCUACAUCUUCACAAAAAUAUCAGUGGACAUGUAUGCAGGAGCUGUGUUCAUUCAGCAGGCACUGCAGUGGAAUAUCUAUCUCGCUGUGGUCUUGCUUCUGGGCAUCACUGCUCUCUACACAAUUGCAGGUGGUCUUGCAGCAGUGAUCUACACCGAUGCAGUUCAGACUCUAAUCAUGAUCAUAGGAGCUCUGAUCCUCAUGGGCUUCAGUUUUGCAGAGGUGGGGGGAUUUCAGGCUGUCCUGCACAAGUAUCCUCAAGCCAUUCCCUCCAUCCGAGUCCCAAACACGACCUGUGGAAUCCCCCGUGAUGAUGCCUUUCACAUAUUCCGUCACCCAGUAACUUCUGACCUGCCCUGGCCGGGAGUAAUCCUGGGCAUGUCCAUCCCUUCCAUGUGGUACUGGUGUUCUGACCAGGUUAUAGUACAGCGUUCACUGGCGGCCAAGAACAUUCUUCAUGCUAAAGGAGGCUCUCUGCUUGCUGCUUACCUAAAAGUUCUUCCUUUCUUCAUGAUGGUGCUGCCAGGCAUGAUAAGCAGGAUACUUUACCCAGAUGAGGUGGGUUGUGGAGACCCUGAUGUGUGUAAACAGGUGUGUGGGAAUCCAGUGGGCUGCUCGGACACUGCUUAUGCCAAGCUGGUCAUGGAACUCCUUCCUGCAGGUUUGAGGGGUUUGAUGAUGGCUGUUAUGCUGGCUGCACUCAUGUCCUCCUUGACUUCCAUCUUCAACAGUUCCAGCACUAUUUUCACCAUGGAUCUCUGGAGGAACAUUCGUCGCACGGCCUCAGAAUGGGAGCUCAUGAUUGUGGGGAGAGUGUUUGUGUUGGUGUUAGUGGUGGUGUCAGUGUUAUGGAUUCCUCUGGUUCAGGCCAGUCAGGGUGGGCAGCUCUUCAUCUACAUCCAGUCCAUCAGUAUGUACCUGCAGCCCCCCAUAACUGUCGUCUUCCUCACAGGCUGCUUCUGGAAACGGACCAAUGAAAAGGGUGCAUUCUGGGGUUUGAUGCUGGGCAUGCUGGUGGGGUGUAUACGGAUGAUUCUGGAUUUUGUCUACCCCACUCCACUCUGCUACGAGAAUGACACCCGGCCUGAAAUCAUCAAAUAUGUUCAUUAUUUAUACUUCUCCAUCAUUCUCUCUCUCAUUACACUUAUCGUGGUGGUGUGUGUUAGUCUGGCUACAGAAAAGCCCAAACCUGAGCAGAUCAGUCGAUUGACGUGGUACACACGUUUUGAUCCUGUGGAAAAGAGUGAAGAGACUGUGAUUGCAGAUGUCUUCACAAUUGAGAAUGCAACGCAGAACACAAAAGAAAUAGAAAGUGAUGCAUAUCAAAUGAAAGAAGACUCCCAUAGUUCUGAGUCCAGUGAGAAGAGUUCAUCUAAACUGAAAUCUGCUCUGUUCUGGAUCUGUGGAAUGGAGAAGAACACCACAGGACAGAAACACACAUCUCCCCCUCCAGAGGUCCCGGUGUGUUCCCUUGAGGAAGACCCCUGCUUGAGUCACCUGGUAAACGGCAACCUCAUCGUCUGUCUGUCGGUGGCUGUGUUUCUCAUUGCUUAUUGGGCAUAGUCAGUUAUCCUUGAAUAUGCAUUAUGUAUAUUGAGUUGUACUAAUGCAAACCUUUAUAGAGUAUAUAAUUAUUCUUAUUUAUUUAUAAACAAUCAGUUUCUAUUUUUUGAUAAAGUAACUGUAAUAUGUGACAUCAUAACACAGUAUGUUUAAAUUUAAGGGUCACAGAAGCGGUAUAUAAAAUGGUCAUGAUAAAUGUAUUAUAACUUUUACUUCCACAAAAAAACUUUACUACGAUUGUAAGUGGACCUCAGGGGAAAAAUGUGUAAAUGUAUGACCCCUUUAACCCUUGUGCACUGUUCACUUUAGACUCACACUUGUAUUGUUUGCGGUCAAAUUUGAACAAAAAGCAUAAACAUGUAUUUUUAUUUUUAUGAAAGAUAUUUAAGAACACUAACUUCAAUAAAGUAAAAACACUAAAGUUGUGCACUUUGGGGGGAAUUUUAUGCUAUUUAGACCUUAUUUAUCUUUAGAUUUCUUAAUUACACCAUUAACUUGAAUAUGCAAAUAAGCAAAUUUAUGUUAACUACGGUAAAAACCUACACUUCUAUAAGUUGAAACAAAGAAAAUAUGAGAAUGUGUCAUGUAUUUGGGACAGAUUGCUGCCAGCUGGUGCAAAAAAGAACAAUUACAUGCUUGAAAACCAUGUCAUGACAAAAAUAACCAAUAAAUGGCUUAGAGAUCCACUAAUUCUUUCCUGGUUAUAACUAGAUGAAUUUGUGUUUUGUGAGUGUGUUCUGCAUGUGUUAUGGUCUCACCCAUUCAUUUGUGUGUGUUCUGCAUUGUGGUUGAAUUAUUGAUUUUAUUUUACAAAUUCCAAAACAAAAACUGCUCCAUGUUCUAGUCUCACCCAUUCGUUCGUAUGUGUGUGUUCAGAAUUGUGGAUGUGUAAUAGUCUCACUCCUUCAUUUCUGAUUCAAAAAAAAAAAAAAAAAAAAAAAAUAUUGCUCUGGGUUAUAGUCUCACCCAUUCAUUUCCUAUGGUCGGUCGAAUUUGACAACAAACAAAACAAGUGUCGCUUUUUUGUCAAGCAGCCUAAGCUCCUUGAAUACAGUCCAAAAUUUCUUUGUAUGUUGAGAAAGCAAAUGUAGGAAAAAAUAAGCAAACCUCGGCCCACUCAGAUGAAGUAUACAAUUUUUAAUUAAAAAAUGACCGAACAGUGCAUAAGGGUUCAAUUCAAAGUGGUGACUGCUUCCUUGAUAUUUAUGUUCUUUCAGAACUGAAUGUGUUUAAAAAUUAAAAACACUUUUGAAUUCU